AUGGUUUUGGUUUGCUGCCUUGGCAUUCUACUCAUUGCGAAGCCGGGCCUCAUGCACGAGACCCUCGGGGGCGGCACAAUUAUCGCCGAGAACUCCAAAAGUGAGAUCGCAAUGAUUGACAACAUUACAAAAGGCGGGGCUUUUAUCAUGCUGGUUGUCGGCGCCUUUCUCCACGGCGUGUCGUUUGUGCUGGGGCGGCACGUGGCCACAAGGGGGCCCCCUAUUCUUUCGGUUUUGUUUAUGAUGUUUUUUGGUCUUGUUUUCUUUUUGCCUUUGGUGCUGUCCGUUUCUCCAUUUACGGCUUCUUUCUUCAAAAGCCUCGAGCCUGCCGAAUGGACAGCCCUCAUCCUGCUUCCCUGUCUGGGUCUGGGGGCGCAGCUGUGCCUCAUAAGCGCUCUAGAGUUUGAGUCUGCUGCAACAAUCGCCAUUGUCCAAAACCUGGAUGCUGUCUUCAGCUACUCCUUCCAACUGAUCAUUGGCGAGGGUUUCAAUGUAGCCUCCUUGUGUGGGGCUGGCUUGAUCGUCUUUUCUGCAAUUGUUCUCGCCGUUUUUACCAUUAAAAGCUGGAUGCAAAGAGAGAAGCAGGCCGCUGCUGCUGCCGCUGCUGCUGCUGCUGCGCUUGCUGCUGCCGAAGCUGGCGAGCUGCAAGACGUGCUUUCCACCCCGCCGCAGGUGGGUGCUGCAGCAGGAGCCGCUGCUGCCUCUGCUGCUGAAGACGGAGCAGUAGCAGAAGCAGCAGCAGCUGAAGCAGCAGCUGCAGCAGCAGCAACAGAAGCAGCAGCAACUGCGGAAACCAGCAGCAGCAUCUUUGCACUCAAAGUAGCCGUUGCAAUGCAGCAGCAGUUGGUGCAAGCAGAACAGCGAGUACAGGGAGCUUCCUUGGUAUCUCCCAGCAGCAGCAGCAGCAGCAGCAGCGGCAGCAGCAGCAAACAAAAAGUAGACAGCAGCGCAAAACUGUACCCUCCUGCUGUUACAAAUGAAACAGUAAACACAGCAGCGAGCGACAGCGAGCUCAGCGGCCUCGAGAAACUGCGAACCUUUGGCGACAUCGUGCUGCUGCUGCUGCUGCUGCACAGCAGCAGCAGUAGCUGCAGCAGUGGCGCUGUGACGGCGCCUCUGGCCGUUACAGCAGCAGGAACUGCUUAUAGAACCGCACAGCAGCAGCAGCAGCAGCUCCUGCUGCACGACUUGCUGCUCUGA